CAGAAGACUGAAGACCUUCGUGGGGCUGAGACCUGGCGCUGCGUGUGUUUCAAGCGACAAGGCAAGGACAAAACUAACGUCAGGAUGCGGCACAACGUGGUGGCUUACUUGUAUUGCCUUUUGAGGGAUCUGUAUGCCGAGCAUAGCGAUCCACGGGUGGCCCACCUGCCUUUGGUCGGCAAUCUGUGGAUUGUCCUGGCCUUCGUGGCCCUCUAUCUGGCCUUUGUGCUCCACUACGGGCCCAAGUGGAUGGCGCACCGUCGGCCAUACGAACUGAAGACCGUCAUGCAGGUGUACAAUGUCGUCCAGGUGGUGGCCAACACGGUCGUCUUUCUGUUCGGCCUCUCGAACACCUACCUGCGGCCGGGCUUCAGCUGGUCCUGCCAGCCCGUCGACCACACGGACACCACGCCGCGGAUGAUGAAUGUCCUGUAUGCCUCCUACGGCUACUAUAUGCUCAAGUACUUGGAUCUGCUGGACACGGUGUUCAUUGUCCUGCGCAAGAAGAACGAGCAGGUGAGCUUCCUGCAUGUGUACCAUCACGCCGGCAUGGUGUUCGGCGUAUCCGUGUACAUGACCUUCCUCGGCGGCUCCCACUGCACGAUGCUGGGCAUCAUCAAUCUGCUGGUGCACAGCGUCAUGUACGCCUACUACUAUGCCUCCUCGGUGGGCGCCCUGCGGCACCUGCUCUGGUGGAAGCGUCGCAUCACCCAGCUGCAGCUUCUACAAUUCGGCUACCUCACGUGCCACUUUCUGCUGGUGAUCGUACGGAAUCCGUGCCACUUUCCCGUGUUUAUCGCCUUCAUCGGUUUCAUCCAGAACAUCUUUAUGUUCUCCAUGUUCUUGGACUUUUACUACAAGGCCUAUAUAAGGAAGCACCCAAAACGGAGGCCAGAGUCCGGUCUAGAGCUCAGCUGAGCCUACCCCUGUCCCCCCUUCCCACCGCCAAGUAGAUGUUUAAAUGCCGCGUGUGUCAGUCGCUUAUGCAAAUUAUUGCCGCGUUAUAAAUAAACAUUCGAAUUGCUACCUCUUUGCAUCGUAAA